CCCCGUGUUUUGAAUAAACUUUAUUGGGAGGCCGGAGCCGGAGCAGGAUCCUGGGGCCUGGCCAGGCCGAGGGGGACCGGACCGGGCCUGGAGAGACCCCCCGCGGGGCCUGGGCGCGGGAGGCGGGGAGACCCCCGGGCUGCAGGAGGGAGGCCCCCCCGCUCUAGGCCACAGGGAGGGGCUGUGGGGUGACCUCGGGGGGUGCAGGGGGCGGGGAGACCCCCCCCGGGCUCAGGCUCGCUUGGGGGUCAGUGGCCGCAGGGCAGGGCACCCCGAGGGGGCACGUGCUCUUUUGGGGUGCCGCGGGGACCCCACUUGACGCCUAGGGUUUUUUGGGGGGUCGGGACUGAUUUGGGGGGACCCCGGGGGUGUCCGCCCCCCUGGGCUGGGCUCUGGCAGGGGCGCGGGGCCCCCCACGUCCCCUGCCCCCCGGCUGGUCCUGAGGGGGCGUCAGUCCUUUGUGGGGGGCAGCCAUGGCCUCGGUGCCCGUCUACUGCCUCUGCCGCCUGCCCUACGACGUGACCCGCUUCAUGAUCGAGUGCGACACCUGCCAGGACUGGUUCCACGGCAGCUGCGUCGGGGUGGAAGAGGACGCGGCCGCCGACAUCGACCUGUAUCACUGCCCCAACUGCCAGCUGGCGCAUGGCCCCUCCGUCAUGAAGCGGCGCCGUGGGCCCCCGAAGCAGCAGGACGCGGGGCUGAGAGAGGCGGGUGCCGCGGUGCGGACGGGCAGUGCCCAGUUCAUAAGGGAGCUUCGGGCCCGGACGUUCCCCAGCGCGGACGAGGUGAUCCUGAAGCCCAGUGGGGCGCAGCUGACGGUCGAGUUCCUGGAAGAGAACAGCUUCAGUGUCCCCAUCCUGGUGCUGAAGAAGGACGGGCUGGGCAUGACGCUGCCCCCCCCGUCCUUCACCGUGCGGGACAUUGAGCACUACGUGGGGCCCGACAAAGAGAUCGACGUGAUCGACGUGAGCCGCCAGGCCGACUGCCGCAUGCACCUGGGCGACUUCGUCGGCUGUUUCUGUGCCGCCCGGCGGGACAAGGUGCUGAACGUCAUCAGCCUGGAGUUCUCCGAGAGCCGGCUGUCCAACCUGGUGGAGACCCCGAAGAUCGUGCGGAAGCUGUCGUGGGUGGAGAACCUGUGGCCGGGCGAGUCGGUGUUCGAGCGGCCGAGCGUGCAGAAGUACUGUCUGAUGGGCAUGCAGGGCAGCUACACAGACUUCCACAUCGACUUCGGGGGCACCUCCGUCUGGUACCACGUGCUGUGGGGCGAGAAGAUUUUCUACCUGGUGCGGCCCAGCCCAGCCAACCUGGCCCGGUUCGAGGCCUGGAGCAGCUCGUCCAACCAGAGCGAGACGUUCUUCGGGGACCAGGCCGAACGCUGCUACCGAUGCCCCCUGCGCCAGGGCCAGACGCUCUUCAUCCCCACGGGCUGGAUCCAUGCCGUGCUGACCCCCGUCGACUGCCUGGCCUUCGGGGGCAACUUCCUGCAUAGCCUCAACAUCGAGAUGCAGCUCAAGGCCUACGAGAUCGAGAAGCGGCUGAGCACGGCCGAUCUCUUCAGGUUUCCCAACUUUGAAACCAUUUGCUGGUACGUCGGCAAACACCUGCUAGACAUCUUCCGAGGCCUGCGGGAGAACCGCCGACACCCGGCCGCCUACCUGGUCCACGGAGCGAAAGCUCUGAACACGGCGUUCCGCGCCUGGACCCGCAAAGAGGUGCUGGAGGAGCACGAAGACGAAAUCCCCGGCUCCGUGCGUCCUGCACAGCUCAUCAAAGACCUGGCCAAGGAAAUCCGUCUGGUCGAGGAUAUCUUUCAGCAGAACAUCGGGAAGACGGGCAGCCCCUUCGGGGUGCAGCGGGGCCCUCCCCCUGGUGCCAGGAGGGGGGACCAAAGCCCCCAGGAGCCGGGCCGGAGGGGAGGGUGGAAGGGGCGCGAGGGCCCAGCUGCCGGCGCCCCCACGAGGCUGGACUUGGAGCUGCUGGACACGCGCACGGAGCCGCCGCUGUUGGAAAGCGCCGAGAGCCCCCACGAGGAGGAGUUUGACGUUCCCAGCUCCAGCCUGGAGGAGACGGACGCGGAUUCGGAGGUGGCCGAAGGGGAGCUCACCUUGGUGCUGGCCGACGGGCGGCCCGUGCAGACGAAGCGGGCCAGGGCCUCAGGGCGCCAGCGGCCCCGCCCCUCCCGCUCCCCGUCGCCCCCCAGCUCGCCGGGCGCCCCAGGGCUGGACCUGGACUCAGAGGAGGAUUUGCAGAUCGACGAGGCGCCGCCCCACAAGGACCGGCGGGGCCCAGCGGCCCCCAGGAGACUGGCCAAAUUCCCCAGGAAGCUGCCAAGGGCCAAACCCUGUUCUGACCCCAACCGCGUGCGGGAGCCUGGGGAGGUCGAGUUCGACAUCGAGGAGGAUUACACCACGGAGGAGGAGGGCGGCUCAGGGGCUGAGGGGCCGGGGGGCAGCGCGGCCGGGAUCCUCGACCUGCUGAAGGCCAGUCGCCAGGUGGGGGGGCCCCACUACGACGAGCUGAGCGACGCGCCGGCCUCGCCCAGCACGCAGGAGGCGAUCCAGGGCAUGCUCAGCAUGGCCAACCUGCAGGCCGCCGGCUCCUCGCCCAGCCGCCCGGCCUGGUGGGUCCCAGGCCACGAGCGGGGCUGGGCGGGCGGGUCGGGCAGCAAGCGCCCCCGCAGGAGACCCCCGAAGCGGGCGGCCGCCCACAGCACGGACAGCGAGGGCGAGACGGGCAGCCUGGACGAGCAGGAGAGCCUGGGCACCUGCUUCAAGGACGCCGAGUUUAUUUACCCCUCUCUUGAGUCGGACGAGGACGAUCCAGCCUUGAAAUCGCUACCAAAGAAGAAGAAAUGUACGGAUGACGCCCCCUGGAGCCCGAAAGCCCGGGUGACCCCGACGCUGCCCCGCCAGGACCGGCCUGUGCGGGAGGGGACCCGAGUGGCGUCUGUCGAGACGGGGCUGGCGGCUGCCGCGGCCAAGCUGGCCCAGCAGGAACACCAGCGGCUGCAGCGGAGGAAGAGUCAGGCCAAGAGAAGGGCCCCGUCCCCCAAGGAGCCUGACCCGGAGCCGGAGCCGGAGCCGGAGCCCGACCCCGAGCCGGAGCCGGAGCCGGAGCCAGAAGCAGAGCCGGAAGCAGAGCCAGAGCCGGAGGCGCCCGCUGGGCCGGACGGUGCCCCCAGGGCAGCUCCGGCGCCCCCCACCCCUGAGCCCAAGGCGGAGCCUUUUGCCGGCAGCCUGGCUGACCACGAGUACACGGCCCGGCCCAGCGUCUUCGGCAUGGCCCAGCUCAGCCGCGGCACCACCCCCAUGGCCCCUGGCGUCUUCCUGUCCCAGCGCCGCCCCUCCGCCGGCGCCCCCGGCACCCCGCCCGCUCAGGGAAAGCGCCCCAAGAAGGGGCUGGCCACGGCUAAGCAACGGCUCGGCCGCAUCCUCAAGAUCCAUCGCAACGGGAAGCUGCUUCUCUGAGCCCCAUGGAGCUGGGGGGGGGGCAGCAUGGAUCACCGCUUCCCCCCCACCCCCGGACUCCACCCCCCCAUGGACCUGCACAGGGGAGGGGCUUCCCUGGUGCCUCCAACGAUUGGCUGCUGUGUCCUGGUAGCCCCACCCCCAGCCCCCAAACGCUCCCUCCCCCUUUGGGUCUGAUUGGUCUCUUCUGCCCUGGUGGGGGGGCUCUUGGGAACCUGGCUUGAGUGCCCCCCCACCCUCCUUUGGAAGGUAUCCAGACUUCACCCCAUUCCCUGCCCCAAUUUUUGGGGUCCCCCGGCCUCCCUUCCCCACAGCAGGACAGGCCCAGGGAGGGAGGAGGCUGGGGGACCCUGAGCCCACACAGCCUCUCCCCAGCACUGGGGGAAUGACUCCCCCCAUUGCCGCCAUCAGGAGUGCAGCUGGCCCAUGGGGGUAGCGGGAGGGGGACUGUGGUAGAAGGUCCCUGUUCUGCCCCCCACACCAGGGGUCCGGGGCUCCCCAGGACUGUGGGGGUUCGGGCCCAGCCGGGGCUUGCGCCAGACAUUUUAUAUCCAGGGUUAGAAUAAAAAUCUGUUAGUUCCGCUCA